UGUGAUCAAUGUGGGAAGAGUUUUACUCAACUAGGCAACCUGAUAACACACCAGAGAACACACACAGGAGAGAAACCAUAUAUCUGUGAUCAAUGUGGGAAGAGUUUUACUCAACUAGGCAACCUGAUAACACACCAGAGAACACACACAGGAGAGAAACCAUAUAGCUGUGAUGAAUGUGGGAAGAGUUUUACUCAAUCAACCAGCCUGAAAUUCCACCAGAGAAAACACACAGGAGAGAAACCUUUUAGCUGUGAUCAAUGUGGGAAGAGUUUUACUCAUCGAAGCAGCCUGAUAUCACACCAGAGAAUACACACAGGAGAGAAACUUUCUAGCUGUGAUGAAUGUGGGAAGAGUUUUACUCGUUCAACCAGCCUGAAAUUACACCAGAGAACACACACAGGAGAGAAACCUUUUAGCUGUGAUCAAUGUGGGAAGAGUUUUACUCAGCUAAUCAACCUGAUAACACACCAGAGAACACACACAGGAGAGAAACCAUACAGCUGUGAUGAAUGUGGGAAGAGUUUUACUCAUUCAACCAGCCUGAAAUUACACCAGAGAACACGCACAGGAGAGAAACCUUUUAGCUGUGAUCAAUGUGGGAAGAGUUUUACUCAGCUAAUCAACCUACACCAGAGAAUACACACAGGAGAGAAAUCGUAUAUCUGUGAUGAGUGUGGGAAGAGUUUUACUUGCUUGCGCAAUCUGACUCUUCACCAGAGAACACACACAGGAGAGAAACCCUAUAGCUGUACUCGAUGUGGGAAGUUUUUUUUUAAAUCUAACCAUCUGACGAUACACCAAAGAAGACACACAGGAGAGAAACCCUAUAGCUGUACUCAAUGUGGGAAGAGUUUUGUUCAAUCUGGAGAACUGAAGAUGCACCAGAGAAGACACACAGGAGAGAAACCCUAUAGCUGUACUCGAUGUGGCAAGAGUUUUGUUCAAUCUGGCAAACUGAAGAUACACCAAAGAACACACACAGGAGAGAAAUCUUAU